GUCCGAUGCAGUUUCCGGACUUUGGUCCGAUGGAGAGGGCAAGGCCCUGGUUAGUUCCGGACUUCAGUCCAAUGCCGUUUCCGGACUUCGGUCCGAUGCAGUGGGCAAGGCCCAAGAUGUGUUUAUAUGUUAUUGUAUGGUAUGUGAUAGUUUGGGGGAACUCACUAAGCUUCGUGCUUACAGUUUUCAGUUUUGGUUUCAGGUACUUCCGCAUUGCACACACUACAACUUCAGUUUUAUUCCUGGGAGUUUUUCUUAGUUAUGAUGUGAUACAGUUCCGAUACAGUUUGUGAUACGACAUUUUAUUAUGGUUUGAAAUAUUUAACGUAUGGGUUUUAUAUUAUGACAUUCAGUAUAUGAUUUUAGUAUUAUUAAACAAAAAUUUUUGGGACGUAUUUUUGGGUCGUUACAAGUUGGUAUCAGAGCCUUGGUUUGAGGGAUUCGGAUACACUUUCGGGUGUGUCUUGAUGGGUUUUGGCCAUAUGAACAUUCCUAUGUGCACAUGCAAACCCUAAUGCUUGGAUCUAGGUUUCUCUAAUUAAACAUGCUUUCUAUCCAAGACUUCUAAUGACUAAUUAGGUAUAAGAACAAUACAAAACAGAUCUAGAAACAUACCUUUGAAUCUCUUGUUUGAUCUUGUUGUCUUGGAGCUCUAGAGUCACAAUUGUCACUCCUCUAAUGGCUUACAAACACCAACUAGCAAGGAGGAUGAUUUGAGAGAGAGGUUGGAGGAAGAAAUCGGCCAGAGUAUCUUUACUAUGUUGGAGGUGCCGAUUUCCCUUACCCAAGGGGUCUAUUUAUACUUGUAAGGCUCUUAGGGUUUCACCCUUAAACCCUAAUUGGAUAACUUAAACUUUAAGUAAUCCUAAUCCCUAUCUAAGAUAGCCUUGGACGAUUUUAGGCUUAUCCUAGCCCUAGAAAUCGUCCAUACCCUAUCCCAUAAGGAUUUACAGCCCAAAGUGUAACUAUCAGACAAUUGACAGUUUAUACCCUCUUAUUUAAUUAAUCUCUUUAAGUCACCAAAUUAAUACUAAUCAAUCUAUGACUUAUAUUAAUUAAAUAACUAUAUUAUUAUUCCUUAUAUUAUUCUCAUAAUAUAUUAAUAAUAUCUAUUCUCUCAUAAUAAAUCAUCCUGUCAAGUUGCUAUGGUGAAGGCAACCCAAAAGGACCAUGCACAAUCGGGUCAAAUACUUGCAUAAUAUAGUUGCAGCCUUAGACACUAUUCCAACAUGUCUGAACUCAAACUAAGGAAAUGGUAAAAGAUUUUUAAAAGAAAAACAUUUUUGAAAAAGAACUUAGAAAUAAAAGAGUUUUGAUAAGAGAAAAGGGUGUGGUGCAUGUGAUCAGCCGAGCUCAAGUAAGUACUCCCAAAUUACCCAUACAAGUUUAUAUUAUGAUUAUCUGCUUCAGUUUCAGUAGAACAACAUGCUAGUAUAGGACUAAGGAUCUAUGAGGAUGUCUUAUGUGCCUACUUUAUGUGUUUCAGCUUUAUGAGAAUUGCAUGCUAGUAUUUGAGUAGACAGCAGUAGGAUAGCCUGAUUAGGUUAUGCCUGGUAAUAUGAGCUUAGCAUUGUAUGCUAGUACAAUUUCUCAUUAUGAGGAUAGAAUUGUUUGAGUAGUUUCCUGUGUCCGAAUGCUACUUGCUUUGUGCUUUGUGGGACUCUGAGUAAUGGGAGUUAGCCAUUAGGUGAAUACGUCACAUCACAUGUGAUCAGGGUUGAAUAAUCUCAGAGUGUUGGAUUUGGCCCUACUGCACAGCUCUCGUUUGAGUCUAACCGUUAUAGGGAUGACUCUUUUACUCGAAGGAUUAUCCGAGCCUCAUCACAUGUGAUGGUAUUCAGGUGAUGACUAAUUGGCAUUACAAGGAGGCCUGCAGCGACUGAUGACUGGUUUUGGUUGAGUCAGAGAUUUCCCUAGUGCAAGCCUAGGAUGAGAGUAGCAGAGAUUAGUAGCAAUGUUAGUGGCUUGGUGGAAUCAAGGCGGUCCUUGAGGAAGGUACAGGUAGAUGUGGAAGGUAGUAGGGCCCCAUACUACUGGAAGCAGAGGAUCUGUACUUGAAUCGAGGAAGGCUGAGAUGAGACCGGAAAGCCUGUAGUAGUAGUGAUCCCUCGAGAUAAAUCAGUAUUUCUAACGUUUAUCAUGAUGUGUUUUUAGAAUGGUGGUUUUACGCCUUAGACCAGCAGGCGGCAGUUCAGGUGCCGGGGAGGGAUCAACAUCAAGCUCGGGGGCCGAGCAGUUGGAUGAGCAGACUAGAGAGUUCUUCACUUCAGAAGUUACUUGUAUCAUUCUCGAGCAGACUCCAGUGAUCUUCUGUUCGAUCAAGGAGGGUAUACUAGAGUUGAUGGAGGAGAAACUAAGCACAUUCGUGCUGAGGUGGCGGCCAUGAUGGGGUCGCGCACACAUACGUUCAAGGAGUUACGGGCAUGUGGGGCUCCAGACUAUCACAGGGCAUGUAUAAUAAUUUAACCGUUCAUGUUAGAAAAAAUUAUUUAAAACAUGAAGAAGAAGAUGAUGCAUGUAAUCAAUGCAGUGUUCUCAAGUAGGCGUUGCUUCUUGGUUCUUAUGCCAAUACUCCAAAAUGAUUUAUAUAAUUGAGUGUCCUGCCCUAUCAAGAGUGUUUCCAUCCAAUGUAGUGGGACAACUGAAUAAGCUUGAAGAGUUGAUAAUAGAAGAAUGUAAGUCAAUGGUGGAGAUAUUUGAAAGUAAAGAAAUAAACAAAGAUGGUGUUGAUAGUACUACGAAUGUUGGUGAUGGAAGUGAUGAUACUUGUACUGCAAUCACCCUCCCAAGGUCGACCAAUAUGACUCUGCUUCAAUUGCCCAACCUAACAAUAUUGUAUAUAUAUAAAUGUGAAGUAUUGGAAUAUAUAUUCACAAGUUCCACACUUGAAAGCCUCAAGCAACUCAAAGAACUGACUGUAAAACAAUGCAAGGCAAUGAAAGUGAUUGUGAAGGAAGACGGAGAUUUACCAGAACUCAAGGGUUUCUUCCCUCGUCUCAUGUCCCUUUUGCUGGCUGAUUUACCAGAUCUCAAGGGUUUCUUCUUGGGGGGUUUCAGGUCGGUUCAUAUAUAA